AUGGCGACUGGACCUGCAGUAAGUUCAGCUUUAGAGACGAUCGGCAGACAUCAUUUUGAGUGCAGCAUCUGCCAAGAGAGAUACCAACAGCCUAAGAUACUGGAAUGCCUGCAUAGCUUUUGUGAGCAAUGUCUGCUGAAAUACUGCAGCAAGAAGCAUCAGGGCGCUGCAGCGAUUCCUUGCCCUGUGUGUCGACAGGAGACAAAACUUCCCGAGGUGGGGGUGGAAGGUCUGAAAACAAACUUUCAUUUGAUUGGUCUGGUUGAGGAGCUUGAACUUCAGGAAAAGAUAGUGGGAUCGGGUGAUACCUGUCUUUUGUGUGAUGUAUGUGAGGGGGGCAAUGAGGCAACGCAGCGAUGUCUGGAUUGUGGCCACAAUUCGUGCUUAGUCUGCAGCAGAAUACAUCUUCGAUUCCCUUCCUCAUCCAACCACAAUGUAGUUCCGUUGGAGGAAAUUCUUGAGGGAAAGGUUACAAUGACAAAGAUACACCAGAAACAACAUCCGAAAUGUCUUAUUCAUGAGGGCGAAGUGGCACGGUUCUUUUGUACCACUUGUGACAUGCUGAUCUGCCGAGAUUGUACUGUCGUAAACCAUUGCAAACCAGAACACUCCUACAUUGAGAGGGACGAGGCAACAUCGACAUACAAGCAAUCUUUGGUUCAACUGUUUCCUCCUCUUGAAAACACUAUAACAGAACUCCAGAAAUCUCGAGAGAAAGUCUCAAGAACGAAAGAAGAUUUGGGUGUCACAGUUAAGAGGGUCAUGACAGAAGUGCAGGACAGAGCAGCUGAGAUGCGAGCAGAGGUAACGGCUCAAGAAAAUCGCAUCCUUGAUGACAUCAAAAACAUCCAAACAGAUCGUGAACAAAAACUGGAAGAGUAUGAGAAAACUAUGGGCUUGACAGCGGAGAGAUUUCAGUAUUCACUCGAUACGGCUAAAGAGGUGACAAGGACUGCAUCAGAUAGUGACUUUCUCUCACUCUAUUCCACAGUCAGCAAAGACUUAAAAUUGCUGGCAGAUCAUAGUAUGCCUAAAGUGGACAACAGGCUCGCAUUCCUGAAGUUCAAGCAGAGUGAGGGUGUUGGUGGUAUCAGUCUGGGUGAGGUGGUGGUGGAAGACAAAUGGGAGCUGUGUCGGGAGUUUGGUAGAAAUGGAAGCGGUCCAGGAGAAUUCAAUAUGGCUUGGGAUGUUGCUGCUCGUCAACCUGAUGAGGUUGCAGUGACUGACUGCACCAACAAACGAGUUGUGAUCUGCAGCAUCGAUGGGAAGCAGAAAAGCACGAUCCCAAUGGAAGGAUAUGCACGCGGCAACGCAGCUACACGCAGCGACAAUCGUUUGAUGGUUGUUCAGGAAGGCGCACCCCAUGUGAAGGUGUUCAAAAGCGACAACACGCUGGCAUACAAGUUCCCAACGGUGCCAACGAGUGAGGUUGGUAAAACCGCAGUUGACCUCCGGAGCGUAGCUGUCAAGAAUGAUGGUACCAUUGCAGUGGGAGAUGUGGCGAGGAUGGUAUUGACAGUGCACAGCCCCACUGAUGGUAAGCUCUUACGUACCAUACCAGUCAAGAUUAAACCGUACUUUCUGGCUUUUGACAACAAUGACCGUGCGAUAAUCAGUGACUAUUUAUCACAGACAGUGGACAUUGUCAUUGGCAAUGAUACUACAAAACGUACCAUCAAACCAACCAAUGGUCAAAGAGUAACAUACUGUUGCGGUAUAUGCACUGAUAGCUCAGGUUUCUAUGUUGCAAUGCAUAGUGGUGACAAUACCAUGACGGGUCAUAUCCAUCACUAUGACCCUCAAGGUGGCUUCCUGCAGUGCAUUGCGCAGGGUCUGCGCUCGCCCUGGGGUAUUACAUUUACAUCUGAUGGGCAGCUGGCAGUGGCUGACCACUUCUCAGUCAAAAUGUAUCACCAGGUGUGA